AUCCUCCGCAAAACCAAAAUCCAAAACCUCAGAAAAGAAUGUAUCACUUUUUAGCCUCGGUGGUAGCAAGACUGGAGCCUUGUUUCGCGAGAAGAGAUUGGGUUUUAAUAUGUAGUAUGGGGCUCGCUUCUUUUCUCUGUAAAAAAGCAGAUAUAGAUUUUGAACAAUACGAAAACAGGCAAACUGAGGACAAAGCAGAUAUUGAUUCUCACAUCAAUCUGUUGUUCGAGAAGAGAUUUGAACCUCGUAUCCAUCCCACGGAGGAGGAGGUGGUUAAGACCCAAGGUUUAAGAGAUCUUUUUAAAGAUCUUGUGACUAACGCAGAAAUAUGUGAGGAUGGACUUUCUAAGAUUCUGCCACGCUACGGGGUGAAUAAAUUCACCCCACAUUCUGGUGACGUGUUUGAUCCAAACAAACACAAGCUUGCUUUCUUUGUUCCUGAUCCAAAUAGGGAACCCGGACUAGUAGCAGUAGUGAAGCGGGAUGGAUACAUUUAUGGGGAUGAGGUUAUCAGGCAGGCUGAGGUAGGCGUAACGCGUGGAGUUGCGACGCGGAGGAGCCGACGACCAUCUCCCAUCCCGUCACAGUGACCAGUCCGGGCCUUUUUUUCUUAGCUACCUCUACUACUGGUCUGCUACUACCAUGUCUACCAUUUUGUUAUAUUUUUUGGAUUUUAUUUAAUGGUUUAUUCGUAUUCUGUGAGAAGAAACAGAUCUGCUACUUCAUGACUAGCGACUUCACAGCAGCUCUACUACUAUAUUUUGGAUUUUGCUGCUGCUACUAUAUUUUGGUACUUGUUGGAUAUUAUUUGAUGGCUAGUUGGGUUGGUUUGGGUUUCUUUAUGAAGAAAAAGAGGCAGCUGUACGUGUUUUCUUCAAUUAUCAACCUCCGGUAUUGUCACAAUAACAAUUGAUGGUUAAGCGAACAAUUGAUGAAUUAGUGAAAGCUGUAGGUGCGAGAGAGGAUGGCUUAAAGCUAAUUUUUCAGUUUCACAUCCGUGUGAUAUGUAGUUUGCCGAAGUUCCCCGUUUUCUUUCUUGGGGACGAAAUAGUUUGUAUGAACUUGUACGCUAUAAUCUUUACUUGCUGGAAAAUUGAAAUAUUAGGCUGUCUGAAUGAAUAGAUUGGCUCGGACAACAGCCAAUCCCGAAGAUUUUGGAAUCCCACAGAUACAUGGAAAGGGUAAUUUGGAUGUUGGGAGCAGCUUAGAGUGAUGGAUUCGGGCAGUUGGCAGUAAGAUGAGUCUUCUAAGUAGUAGAACGGUGCGCUGGGCUGCCAGAAAUUGAGAUGGUGGUGUGGGCAAGUGGCUUGGGGUGGCAGGUAGAGGUUGCCUGAGGAAAGAGAUUGGAGCGUUUGAGUGAGAUUUCCAAUUGAGGGUUGCAAUUGACUUUUCGUCACUUCCAUGGCGCUUAGGACAAAACAUGCUUUUGUCAUUCCUUUCUUUUUUCAGAUUUAAGAAAUUCGAUAAUGUCAAUAUCAA